AUGUCGGCGUCCCCCUCUUCCGUCGCCGAGGUAGCGGUGGCCGCUGCUGCGGCGGCGGCGAUGGCGUCAGCUUUGCCGCAGGAGAAGCAGCAGCAGCAGCAGGCGCGGCCACGGCCGCGGCCGAUGCACGCGGGGGGCGGCGGCGGUGGCGCCAAUGGCCGCCACCACGCUUACAGCCGCAAGGACAAGUCGCUCGGCCUCCUCUGCUCCAACUUCGUGGUUCUCUACAACCGCGACGACGUGGAGUUCAUCGGGCUGGACGAAGCGGCCAAAUGCCUCGGCGUGGAGAGGCGCCGGAUCUACGACAUUGUCAACGUGCUCGAGAGCGUUGGGAUUCUUGUGAGGAAAGCCAAAAAUCGCUACACCUGGAUAGGUUUCGGCGGAGUCCCAAUGGCCUUGCGAGAACUCAAGAUUUCUGAUGACGAAGAUGAUGAUACAUUGGGCAAUCCUGGUGCUGAUAUCGAGAACGAGAAACUGAGUCAGACUCUGGACAAUCCUUCUGACAAACCUGGUGCACCCCCGUUGCCGCCUUCGAUCUGGCUCAGAAUUUUGGUUGUUACAUUUUCAGAUCAUAGGAAAGAAAAGUCACUUGGGUUGCUUACACAGAAUUUCGUGAAGCUCUUCCUCACCAUGGAGGUUGACACGAUCUCACUUGAUGAAGCUGCAAAGCUGCUCCUUGGAGAAGGCCACGAGGAGACCAAUAUGAGAACUAAAGUUCGGAGGUUAUAUGACAUUGCCAAUGUCUUGUCUUCACUGAAUCUUAUUGAGAAGAUACAGCAAGGGGACUCGAGAAAGCCUGCGUUUCGUUGGUUGGGUAGGGCCACAAUGCCGAACACUGAAAAUGGUGUCACAGUUGCUGUACCCCCACCAGGGAAGACCACAUCGAACAAAAGAGCAUUUGGAACUGAACUCACUAACAUUGACAUACAUAGAAGUAAUCUAGAUUCAAAAAUUCAGAAGAAAGCAAAACUGGCACAGAGUGGUGGUGAUGUCUUGACAAAUUGCAAAUUAGCUGUGCGGAGUCAGCUUGGGCAGGUUAAACAAAGUGGCUUUGUUUAUGGUCCUUUCCACCCUGCUGGUGCAAGGAAACAUGAACUUGAUGGCGGCAAUAAACCUGGGCAAAGGGAGAGGGCUCAGGACUGGGAGAGCCUUUCUGCUUCAUUUCGACCACAGUACCAGAACCAAGCACUCGGUGAUCUUUUUGCCCAUUAUGUCGAAGCGUGGAAGACAUGGUAUUCUGAAUUUGCUCAAGGCAGCAACAUCAUGCAACAACACUUUGGCCAUUCUGUUAACCAUUUUUUGUAG